CUGCCCGCAAUCUAAAUAUUUAGAUUCAGUAAUCAUGUAUGAUGCAACAAGGGUGCUGUCUCCGAAAGAUGGUGCAAACGGUUUGGCCCAGCCGGUUGUCCCUGGAGCAGGAGCAGGAACAGCUGUAGGAUCUGGAGGGCCAACUGCAACUACAGUGCUGCAAGCUAAAACUGAAGAGGGGCAGUCAGUUAAGGAGGAGGAGGAGGAGCCCAAAGCAGAGCCUGUCCUGGUGAAGAAGCCCCACAGAGAAAUUCUGGACCAUGAGAGGAAGAGGAGGGUGGAGCUCAAAUGUAUGGAGCUCCAAGAGAUGAUGGAGGAGCAAGGGUACACAGAAGAAGAAAUCCGACAGAAAGUAAGCACAUUCAGACAAAUGCUGAUGGACAAAGAAGGCGUUAUCACCAGAGAAGGCUCCCACACACAACCAAUGGUCAACCACCUGCACUAUCCCCCUGAUGGGUAUGAAGAGGACCCUGAAGUGAUUGGCUAUGAAGAUGGAGAUUAUGGGCAUGACUACCAUGGUGACAACAGGGUGAAGAGGAAAUCAAGCAGCUCACAUUCCCCUCGUCCAAAGAAAAGGAAGAAGAAGAAAUCUGGCCGUCGAAGGAGUCGGUUUGGCAGCUUCUCACCCACUCACAGAGAGAAGAAGAAAAAGAGUGGGAAGAAACACAAGCGAGACCGAUCUGCAUCUGGCUCCAGGAAAAAGAGAAGACACAGGUCGGGAAGCCCAAAGAACAAACAUAAAGACAAGAACAAACAGAAAAAGAGGUCCCCUGAUGAAACACCCAGCAGGAGUUCACAGCGUCAAGGCAGCUGCUGCAGCUCUCGAAGUCCCUCCUUGUCUUCCAUCAGGAGUGCCUCCAGAUCACCCACCAGAUUAAACUCCAAACACAAGACAGACGGUCAAAAGAUGUCUGACACCCCGCAGUCCCCGGCCCCCGAGAGUCCCACCACUUGGCACAACGGGGACCACACCCAGCGAAGCCGCAACGGCAAGGCCGGCAGACUCAACCACACCGAUGGCGAGAAAGGGAACGAUAACAUUCCUUUCUCCUCUUUUUUUCCUUUUUUUCUUUCUUUCCUGUUUUUUGUUGAUAUUGCAUACGUGUCACUGAUUGAAAUGGAAGGAGGGAAUACCACUUUAUUGAAGUUCCACAUGCUGACUGCCAGCUCUGCAAGCGUCCAGUCAUCUCUGCUGAGAGAGCACAAGAUCCACAGCGCCCCUAUCAGGAACCAGAUGGGAAAGAUGUGUGUUGCAGAAGAUACUGGGAGUGUCGAUGGCAGGGGCACAGCUAUAGGGAGCUCUCUGAGCAAGGCGUCAGGGAGGAGAGGAGGCCAGAGAGGUCAGAAUAAGAGCUCCCACUCCCCUGCUCACAGCAGUGAUUCGACCCACUCCCAGCACAACCAUACUUACAGAGGGAGGAGCUCUCGUCACCACAGAAAGGGCAAAGGUGGCCACUCUUCCAAGAGACACCACCAAUCCAGUCGGGGUCAGGCACGCCACCGGAGCACAUCAGCGUCUCCAGGGCACACGUCAGCCAACAAAGUCGGGAGCAAGGCAAACCUCCGACAGCGCAGCAGCUCCUGGAGCAGCGGGCGUUCAUCCUCGCCUUCUGCUUCCAAAGACAGAGGACCCAGCAAGGCCAAGUCCCCGCACAAUAGGCAAAACGCCUCCAGGGACAGGGAGAGUGCCAACCGCUCUGACACCGACAGCCGAGCUCGCCGCCGUUCACGCAGCUACUCACCUAUCCGCAAAAGAAGAAGAGAUUCACCCAGCUUCAUGGAGGCUCGCAGGAUCACCAGUGCUCGGAAGCGGCCGAUCCCAUAUUACCGGCCCAGUCCUUCAUCUUCCAGCUACGACAGCAGCCCGUCACGAUCCAGCCGCAGCUACAGCAGCUACAGCCGCAGCAGAAGUCACAGCAGGAGCCACAGCAGGAGCCGGAGCCAGAGCUGGAGCCGCAGCCACAGCUGGAGUCGCAGCCAAAGCCGGAGCUGGAGUCGCAGCAGGAGCCGCUCCCGCAGCCACCACAGUUAUUACAGCCGCAGCAGCUAUGACAGCCCGGGGUUCUGAUGGCAACCAGCAGAACGAGAAUGAAAAAAGGAGAAAAAAGGAAAGAAAAAAAAAGGGAACAAAAGAAGGAGAAGUGCUGUUAAACCUGCUGCACUCCGGUAGAUUCAUUACGUAUCCUUAGCAAGUCCUCAGCAGAAGCCGCACAGCUGUACAGACCGGGAUCCAAACUCCUUCACCAUGGACCAUUCUAUCUCUAACACAGAGCCUGGAUCAAAGAGAGGAAAAUGUAUUUUGAUAUAGCACAAUACCAUGAUAUUGGCAGUCACUGUUCAUGUCUUCUCACACAUUCAAGGAAAGGUUUUUUCUUUUUUACAUGUCUAAAAUGAAUUGGCUGAGCCCAAAGAACAAAUGUAUGUUAGCACUUUCCUUCUCAUCUUCCACACAGCUACCAAAAAUACAUUCAAUAACAGUUAACAACAGUUAUAAGUAUAUAUAUAUAUAUAUAGAUAUAUAUCAAAUAUAUCCUGAAAAGAGGGGCUGAGUAGAAGACGAAAAGAAGGCAGACACAUCGAAAUCACACAGCUUACUGUACAUUUCAAAGAAUCACUUUUUCUCUCAUCAGCCCCAAAGACUUCCGGUUCACACAGAUCAACAAAAAGAGAACAAAAGAGAAGUCAGAGGAUGAAUCAGGAAAAGAAAUAAAAAUAACUUUUUUUUUGUUUUUUUAGGAGAAAACUGUAUUGCAUAGAUUUGUCUGUACAGAUGUAAACUCUCUUAAGUUUGGCUUUGUAAACUAUGCACUGUAUAUUCCAUAUAGUUUGAAUAGGUAUGUUCAGCAUGAUGCAUCAGGGGACCUGAUGGAAAUGAGAUGUGCCAGCAGGGUGAAUCUGCCCUGCCCCUUCCCCCUGACCUUUGCAAACAGAGGUGAAUGAAACGGGGGGGGGGGCUGUAUGUGUUACAUACUUUUACUCUCUUCCCUGUUUAAGUAAUUACGUUUGUUAUGCUAAUCAUGUGCGAGACUGUGUGAGUGUGUGUAUGUGUGUGUGAGUUUGAACCUCCUUUGCAAAGAUCAAUGAGGUAAUGAUUUACAUGAGCUGCUGUAUGGUACCGUACUGCAAAAAGUCUCCAUGCACAUUUGUGAGUUGAUCUCAGCUAUUUAUGAAACUCGCUGUAUUUAUUCAUUUAUUUAUUAGGUUAUUUAUUGUUUAAUAUAUUUAUCAUUUUGCUGUGAAGCAGUUGGAUCAUGGUUUGGAGAUGGGUUUGCUGCAGAUGUGAGAAAAGUACUGUAAAGCUCCAAGUUAUGAUACAGAAUCGGUUUCUUGUUAUCAGAUCAACAAGCAGUGCACAGAUUCACUGCUAUGUGUUUAAGGAGCUCUGAUUUUUGAGUCGGUUGAACUGAGCAUUCACCCACAGUUACUCCCAUGACUGCCAUUAUCGCGUCCCCAGCCGAUAUAAUGACUCAUGGUAACGCGGGGCUGCUGUGGCUCUGUCUGUGCCGAGGGAGGAAGAUGACUCGGCCUGAAGCAGCCUGAAGAAUCAAUUACUCUGCUCUACUGUACAUUUCCAGUCACUCCAUAUUUCAGUCCCUUGUAUAAUUGGCCAUACAAUUCUAGCAGAGGUCUCCCCAGUUGCUGGCUACAAAAGAUAAUGAGCGAUGGCUUGGCAGGCACGGCAGCAGGCUGUGUCUGCACCUCCAUGAGGGUGGUUAACAAACAGGUGAUACAAUCAGGGAUCAGCCUAAGUCUUCCUUACCAUUCACCUGGUCUCAUGACAUGCAUUUCCAGUGUAACCACACUUAUCCCAGCUGUGAUGCUCUGCAGCCUGACCAUUUAUUCCAAGUAUAACAUUGCCCCUUUGAUUCUACAAAUCAUUCUUUGUAUUGUACAAGUUAUUAUACCUGACAAUAAACAGAAA